AUGACGAGCCUCGACGCGGGCCCGGGCGCUGCGCUCUCGCCGCUGCCGCCGCUGCGGCCGACGGGCCUGGGCUCCGUCCGCGCGCAGAGCAGCUGGGACCCAGCAGCCUGGCUCCGCGGGGCGCUGGCGGCGGAGCGGAAGGUGCUGGCGGAUGUGCUGUGGGAGCGGCACUCCGCGAUGCAGGCGGAGCUGGAGUGCCGGCUCGGUGCCCGCGCUGGGCGCGCCCGCUCGCCCGCCGAGGCGGGCGGCCCGGCGGGCAGCGGGCCGCCGCUGCCGGCGGGGGAGGCGCGCGGCGGCUCCGAGGGCCUGCUGCUGGCCCCGGCCGCGGGCCUCGACACCGAAGCGCCGCCGUCACCGUCCGAGCUGGCACCCGCCGGGCACGCGCGGAGGAAGAUCAGGCACAGGUCCAAGAUUCUGUCGGUGGCGCUGGGUGACGAGGAGCUAUUUCCCGGGAUGGCGAGCCCCUCGAGCUCUCACCGGCUGUGCCCUCCUGAAGGGGUCGUAAAGGACGACCAGGCGGGCACGCAGUCGACCAUGGUUGGGCCCGUGCGACUCCAAGACUGCGACGAGGGCGGGCCUUGCGAGGAAGAUCUGCGGUGGCCGCCUCCGAGCGGUGCCGUCGAGAACGAGGCGGUUUGCCCGCGCGUGCCGCCGCCGCUGCAGGAGCGUGGCCGCAGCAAGGACGUCGCGGGCGAGCUGGCUGGAGUGACCGCGUCUGGGGUCUUCGGAGGAGAGUCGACCAGCAGGAAAAAGUGCCUCAUGGAGGGCAGCUCCGAGUUGCUGUACCAGCUCGUGACGAACGCAAAGUUCGAGCUUUUCUUCUCAACGAUGAUCCUGCUGAACGCCGUGGUGGUAGCUUUUGCCGUGCAGUUCCGGGGCUUCGACGUCGGCUUCGAGCUGGGUUAUCGCUGGUACGAGAGGCCCGCCGUGGAGACCUGGCCCAUGGCGGAGUCGUCCUUCGAGGUCUGCGACUGGGUCUUCGGCAUUGCCUUCACAGUCGAGCUCGUUCUGAAGGCGCUCGGCAUGCGCCAGUACCCCCGCGCGUAUCUGACUGACUUGUGGAACUAUUUCGACUUUGCUAUGGUCGUCCUCUUCUACAUCGACGCUCUCGGCGUGACGCCCGUGAAGGCAAGGGUCCUGCGCGUGAUCCGCAUGGUCCGCUUCGCGCGGCUGGUGAAGCUCCUCAGGGCGACCGACGGUUUUGAGGCUCUCUACCUUAUGGUCACUGCGAUGAAGGGAAGCCUGGGAGCACUGGCAUCGUCAUGCGUGAUCCUGGUCCUCCUCCAGAUGCUGGUCGCCUUCUUAAUCAAUCAGGUUUUGUACACGUUUUAUUUCGACAACGAGUCUUACGAUUUGGAUGAGAGGCAAGAGGUAUUUGCUUAUUUCGGCACUUUCUCGAGGUCGAUGCUAUCGAUGUUCGAGAUGACGCUGGCUAAUUGGCCGCCGAUUUGCCGGUUACUCCAAGAGAGUGUGAACGAGUGGUUCAUUUUGUUCUGCGUCGUGCAUAAACUGACAAUCGGUUUCGCGGUCAUCGGCGUCAUCAAUGGCGUUCUUGUCCAGGAGACAUUCAAGGUCGCGUCGACCGACGACCACCUCAUGAUCUUCCAGAGGGAGCGCGCCGUCCGCCUACACAAGCAGAAGAUGCUGCGCCUCUUCCGCGCAGCAGACGAUACCGGCGAUGGGCUGCUCGACAUAAAGGAGUUCAGCAGCGCCAUGGGGGACAGGGACGUUCAGAUGUGGAUGGCCUCCAUGGAGCUCGACGUCAGCGAUGCGCCCAGGGUGUUCUCCCUCGUGGACAAGGACGGCGACGGCGUGCUGACCCCAGAGGAGCUCGCGCGAGGCGUGGCCUCGCUGAAGGGCGCGGCGAGAAGCAUCGACCUGCAGAUCCUGCGGAAGGAGCUGGAGUCUCUGCGCACGUUCAUCCCGAUGGUCCUCAGGCUACGCGGCGGCCCCGCCAGCGCACGGCGCCGAGCCAGGGCUGACCAGCGGGCCCAGCGCCGGCAGUAUCACAGCUCCAUCGCCAGCGGCGGCCUCUCGGGCGGCCUCGGCGCCGUGGUGGGCCGCCGCAGGCGGCGCCCGAGCACAGGCAACACGCUCUUCGGCACCCCCGCCGCCGGCAUGGCCCCGAAGCUCGGCCAGCGCUCGGCGGGCAAGUUUCUCGACGCCCAGGCGGCACCCCGGGCGCCCACGGCGCGCCGGUGGAGCUUGCCACAGAUGCCCCGGUUCUCCGCCAUACGCCGUGGGUGA